CAGCCGGGAUCCCGUCGCCGCCGAACACAGCCUCGGCGUGCUCCCAGUAUCGCCGACUCCCCUCUCGCCAGCCGCACCCAUGCUUCUGGCGCGGAUGAACCCGCAGGUGCAGCCUGAGAACAGCGGGGCGGGCCCGGGGUCAGAGCAGCCCCAGCGGAAGCGCAAAGCUGCCGAACUCUUGGUGGUGAAAGAGCGCAACGGCGUCCAGUGCCUCCUGGCCUCCCGCGACGGCGACGAGCAGCCCCGGGAGACCUGGGGCAAGAAAAUCGACUUUCUGCUGUCGGUGGUCGGCUUCGCCGUAGACCUGGCCAACGUGUGGCGCUUCCCCUAUCUCUGCUACAAGAACGGCGGAGGUGCCUUUCUGAUCCCGUACACCCUGUUCCUCAUCAUCGCUGGCAUGCCCCUGUUCUACAUGGAGCUGGCUCUGGGCCAGUACAACAGGGAAGGGGCAGCCACCGUGUGGAAGAUCUGCCCGUUUUUCAAAGGAGUUGGCUACGCUGUGAUCCUCAUUGCGCUCUACGUUGGCUUCUACUACAAUGUCAUCAUUGCCUGGUCACUCUACUACCUCUUCUCCUCCUUCACCCUUCACCUGCCCUGGACUGACUGCGGCCAUGCCUGGAACAGCCCCAACUGCACCGACCCCAAGCUCCUCAACAGCUCCGUGCUGGGCAACCAUACCACGUACUCCAAGUACAAGUUCACGCCGGCGGCAGAGUUUUAUGAACGUGGCGUCCUGCACCUUCACGAGAGCAGUGGGAUUCAUGACAUUGGCCUGCCCCAGUGGCAGCUCUUGCUCUGUCUGAUCGUCGUCGUCAUCGUCCUGUUUUUUAGCCUCUGGAAAGGAGUGAAGACAUCAGGAAAGGUGGUGUGGAUCACGGCCACGCUGCCUUACCUCGUGCUGUUUGUACUCCUGGUCCACGGCAUCACGCUGCCCGGUGCUUCCAAUGGCAUCAACGCCUACCUGCACAUCGACUUCUACCGUCUGAAAGAGGCCACGGUAUGGAUUGAUGCUGCAACUCAGAUAUUUUUUUCCUUGGGCGCUGGAUUUGGUGUCUUGAUUGCAUUUGCUAGUUACAACAAAUUUGACAACAACUGCUAUAGGGACGCCCUGCUCACCAGCACCAUCAACUGUGUCACCAGCUUCAUCUCUGGGUUCGCCAUCUUCUCCAUCCUUGGUUACAUGGCCCAUGAACACAAAGUCAACAUUGAGGAUGUUGCCACUGAAGGAGCUGGCCUGGUCUUCAUCCUGUACCCAGAAGCCAUUUCCACCCUAUCUGGAUCCACGUUCUGGGCUGUCGUGUUCUUUGUCAUGCUCCUGGCUCUGGGAAUUGACAGCUCAAUGGGAGGCAUGGAGGCGGUCAUCACGGGCCUGGCAGACGACUUCCAGGUCCUGAAACGACACCGGAAACUCUUCACAUUUGGUGUCUCCUUUGGAACCUUCCUUCUGGCCCUGCUUUGCAUAACCAAGGGUGGAAUAUAUGUGCUGACCCUGCUGGACACGUUUGCGGCGGGGACCUCCAUUCUGUUUGCUGUGCUCAUGGAGGCCAUAGGCGUCUCCUGGUUUUAUGGUGUGGACAGGUUCAGCAACGACAUCCAGCAGAUGAUGGGGUUCAAGCCGGGCCUGUACUGGAGACUCUGCUGGAAGUUUGUCAGCCCUGCGUUCCUCCUGUUUGUGGUGGUCGUGAGCAUCAUCAAUUUCAAGCCGCUCACCUACGAUGACUACAUCUUCCCACUCUGGGCCAACUGGGUCGGGUGGGGCAUCGCGGGCUCCUCCAUGGUCCUGGUGCCCGCCUACGUCGUCUACAAGUUCCUCAGCACGCGGGGCUCCCUUCGCGAGAGACUGGCCUAUGGCAUCACCCCAGAGAACGAGCAUCACCUGGUGGCCCAGAGGGACGUCAGGCAGUUCCAAUUGGAACACUGGCUGGCCAUCUGAAUCUGACCCCGAGGAGGAACCCUGCUGCACCAACGUUCAGGUCAAAGGUUUCCAACCACCCCAGACACUGUCUGGGGAUUCCUCUCCGACCCCCCUCUUCCUCUUUUCCAAGUUACGACUGACUUAGUGACCGGGUUUUCGUUCACUUUCUGUUCACCUGGCCUGAGGGCUGUGAGCUUGGAUUGCUAGGCCUUGUGGGAGAGGAGGGAACAGGAAGAAUGACUUCUGUCAAAACCUCUUUAGUUUUGAGGAAGUCUCACCCAGUGUGGGCACCGGCCCAAGCUGACGUCCACGGGCUCGGGCAGGACUCCCCACCUCGUUUGCUGGUAAUUUGGGCCACAGAAGAAAUCCUCAGUCCACCAAAUCAGACAGAGGAUGUUGCUUUUUGGUCAGACACUGUAAAACCAAAACACAAAUAAAAAGCCCAGCUGAGUUUGGGAGGUGCAGAGAUCUUGCCUCUCUCGUCUGCCCCGGUCAGUGCUCUGUUGUUUGGACCUUGGUUGGGGAGCUUGGGGAUAUUUGUCACUGUUAUGAAGUCCGUGGAUAGAAGCUCUGGGGGGUCGUGAGCAGAAAUCUUCAUAGUUAGUUUUCACUCUGGUUGACCUGCGUUUGAUUUGUGUGUGUUCUGGAAUAUUCUUCGGGUUUCUGGCGCUCAGAGGGUCCAGAGCGAUGGGUGUCACAGUGAGUGGCUUCUGCAGAAGAAGCAGACAAGUCUGUAGAGACCACAUGCGGGUCUCGCUCUGCCAGAUGCACAGAGCUCAGGAACCUACCUGUGGCUCGUGAGACCUUCCUGGGGGACUCAGGACAGGAACCCAGCAAGGCCAGCUGCGUGUCUCCGCUACGGGAUCCUCUGCUGUCCUCACGGGGCCAGGUGUGUGUCCAAGGGCAGCCCCCCAGGCUGUCUGUUUCUGUAUUGUUCACAGACACCUGCAAAGCCUGUCCCUGGGAAUCCCACCCAGCCUGGACCAGAAGUCUCAAGUGAUGGGAAGUGGGCCCUGAAAACUCCCUUUGUCUCUCUUCAUGGGCCAUACUUUGCACCGUGGAGGGCAGCAUGGAACCAAGCAUAUAGCACCCUGGUCACUCAGGUUGAGGGGAGAAUAGUCUCAAUUGACGGAGCAGGUUGGCGGUUGUAGAGAAUUUCAGGUUGAUUUCUGAUACAAACUUAUAAGUGGUGCCCUCUGGUGGUGCUGGUGGCUAGUCUCAGCUCAUUCAGAGAAGCGAUUUGUAGUUGGUAAGUCGGUGGCAUCCAUUUGGAAUUUUUUUUUUUUUUUUUAACAUAUGGUCUGAGUUUCUUACGCUCUCACUGGCAAUCUAGAGUUGUGGGUUAUUGUCCUGACUGUGGGAGCCCCUGUUGCAGAAUCUUGG